UUUUAAUGAAUGUAGAACUAACAAAAAUUUAUCAUCGACGCAUUCCUUCAAUCGAUACUGAUAAAGUCAUUCACAUACUAUCUACUUUGUAUCACCUAUAUAUUCAUGAUAUAUUUCCCAGUUACACAGUUAAGCGGAAACAUUUAUAGUUCAAACAUUUGAAAUGGCGCCCAAUACUGUAGAAACAAAUUUCACUCCCGACCCAGAAAUGGUGACGAGAGAAAAUAAAAGUCAAAACUUACCGGGACAAGAAGUCAAUUAUAAUUUGUAUAUUUUUCAAUCAACUUUGAAUCUGUUAGCUAACAUUUUAAUUGGUACUGUAGUCGGGAUUUCCUUGUUAUUUGCUUUACGGAAUGGUUUGCCUUUGGGAGCUACUCCGUUACAUAUUGUGCUCUGUGUAAUUGGGUACCAACUGCUUAUGGCUCAAUCUAUUCUUAGUCUAUCCGGCAGCGGCUGGUCUUCAAAGAUGAGACUUGUGGAUAAACGCCGCGCGCACUGGAUCUUACAAAUUCUGGGAUCCGGACUCGCUUUAGCUGGAUCCUUUAUUAAGAUACUCGAUAAAACAGUACAUUGGAACACAUAUCAUGGACAAUUCGCAUUGGUAGCAAUGGUAUUCACAGUUGCCUGUCUUCUAAAUGGUCUUACAUCGUUAUACGCUUACGAAUGGCGACGUAUUUUCAAUGGUUCUAUUUCCAAACUAACACACAUUUGUUUUGGAAUAGUAGCAUUUGGUGCUGCAUGUAUCAGUCUUUGCUACGGUUUUGAUAAACAAUUCUUUAGAAGUUGGGCGUCAGAAGAUUUUACGAACGCCCUAAUAGCAUUUACUGGAAUCUUCGGUUUUAUAAUAUUAACAAACCCAUUGGUAACAUUCUUCAAAAAAGCAGCUACAGUUGUUAAAAAAUGAAGCUAUUUAUUUCGGAUUCUUAAAAUGCAUUAGUAAUUACUCAUAGAUAAAAAAAAAUACUUUUUAUCUUAUUAUUUUAUUGUACUUUGAACUACCAAUAAAAAAAGGA